CGUCAUAUUAGUUGUAAACAAAACGUCAGGGAUAAACAGAGUUCCAGGAUGGGGGACAGCGAUGAAGAGGAUGCAAAUGAGGGGGGAGCAGCCACCAGUCAGACCCUGUCCCUCACUAGCUUCCUCUUCGGUAACAUUGACGCACAUGGACAAUUGGAGGGAGAUGUCUUUGAUGGUGAAUGUAAGCGUCAGCUGGCCUCCCUAUCGCGGUUGGGAUUAGGUUCACUGCUGCGCCAAGUUACAGAUGAUGGGGAAGAUGAUGAUGAGGAGGAUGAAGAUGAGGAUGAGCAGGGUGAUGACGAUGAAGAGGUAUUAGAAAAAAGUCCUUCUGCUGUAGAUUACUCUGACAUCAAUGAAGCUGUUGAGGAAGAUGCUCUUGCUCAAGAAGAAGACGAUGGAGAAGACUACGAUGCAGAUGAGGAUGACAGUGGUAUCAACAAGUCUGAUGCCGAACUCAUGCCGCCGCCUCCACCAAAGACCUCAGAAGCAGGCACCACAACACCCCCUGGUGACAAAAGAAGGCUUAUUACACCUCUGGCAGCCAUGUUGCCAUCCAAGUACCAGAAUGUGGAUGUCAGAGAAUUAUUCCCGGAUUUCAGAGUGGAUGCUGUGUUGCGAUUCUCACGUCUGUUUGGACCUGGAAAAAUGGCAAAUCUACCAAAAAUAUGGAAAACAGUGAAGAGAAAGAAGAAGAGGAGGCAGCAUAGUCUUGAUGACAGGAGCAUGUUGUCAAGUGACGAUGGCUACCCAAGUGAAGAUAGUAUAGCAUCAGUGGCAGACAUUCCACGCGGGUUUGAGUUGCAGUUUGGAACCGAUCCACCACCAGACACUUGUUUUCCAGAUGAUGCUGUACGUUUUAGCCAAACACAGGAACAAGAUACAACCACUGCAAGCCAAAAAAACGAAGGUGGUAAGAUUGGAGAACGAGACCCUAACAGACCUCAUGAGGCUGAUUGGCGUUAUGGUCCAGCGCAGCUGUGGUAUGACAUGCUAGAUGUUCCACCGGCAGGAGGGAAUUUUGACUAUGGCUUCAAAGUGAAGUUGCAGGAAAUAAAACCACCAGAGAAAAUUGAAAUGAAGACCGAGGAACCUGAGAUUGAACAGCCCCUGAAGAUGGUACCCAAGAUGAACGGCUAUGAUGCAGACAACGAGGAAGAGUUCCCAGAUGACUGCUUCCACAUGGUCACACAGUACAACUGGGAGGAAGACAUCAUCUGGAAUGGGGAUGACAUCAAGCAUAAACUUAAUCAGAAACGGAAGAACAUGGCUGCCGGGUGGGUGCCGAGCAGUUACAACAGGACGGCACAAGCAUUCAGCCAGCCCUCUAAGGUGACCACACCUUUUGCCUCAGCAAAAGCAGCCAAGACGAAAAGCCAAAUGCCUAAAGGCAACUUAGACGACACAUGGUACUCCAUCUUCCCUGUGGAGAAUGAGGAGCUGGUGUAUGGUCGAUGGGAAGACAACAUCAUCUGGGACCCAGAGAACAUGGACAGUAUCCCCGAACCAACAGUUUUGACACUCGAUCCCAACGAUGAGAACAUCAUUCUUGGAAUUCCAGAAGAUGUGGAUCCUUCCACCCUUGCCCAAGGUACUGAUGCCCCUGUCAAGGUCAAAAUCCCUCACCCCCACGUGAAGAAGUCAAAGAUCCUCCUCGGCAAAGCUGGAGUCAUCACCACCAUCGAGGAAGAGUCCCCUCCUCCACCCCCCAAGUCGCCUGACAAGGAUCCAUUCAAUAUAUCUAAUGAUGAGUAUUACCAGCCUAAGUCAUCUGAACAGACCAUCAAGAUGUCUAUGGGCGGCGGGCUCCUCCAGCACUCUACACCUGUGGUUGAGUUGCAACCACCUUUCAUUCCGACUUACAUGGGAGAAAAGAAGUUACGACUCUUCCAUCGGCCACCUUUAAAGAGGUACUCCCAUGGGCCUCUGUCAACUCUUGGCCCUCAUGCCGUCCAUCCUCUGACAAAGGAAAUCAAGAAAAAGGCAAAGCAUCUCCCAGAUCCAUCUCCUCGGGAACAAUCACCCCAGAAUUCCCUCAAAGGGGGAGAAUUUGGCGGAGGAGUCGCCUUCCCGCCGCCCCCGCCCCCGCGUGACGACGCCCCCCUGGUGGACCUGCCCUCGGGUUAUUGGGGAGACGACGGCUGCGGGCGCCUCUGCCGGGAGAUGACGAUGACCUUUAUGGAGACUCCGCACGGGUGGGAGGAAAACAAAGACUUCCCUUCGCCCACUCCAUAG